AAUAUUUUGACUUUAUUUUGGAUUAAUUACUAUCAUUUAUAAUUAUAAAAUAAAAAAUACUUUUUAAAAAAAUGAAUAACAAAAAAGUAAAAGACGAUCGUUUGCUGUCAUCGACUAAAAAGGCAUCACUUAUGCAAACUAUGAAAGUGUUUGAAACCAUUUUGGAAGACUUAAAGUCAACUGUUUUGGUGCCGACUCUACUCAAUGACAUCGACUCUCAAACAAUGGCUAAGAAUGGUUUGACUGUUAUUUGCAGUCAUAAUCAAAACCUUUUUGAUGUCUACAAUGAUUUACAAAAGUUAAGCAAAAUUUUGUUUGGAGAUAGAAAUCAAUCGGAGAUAAAGUGCAUAAACGGACGAAAUGAUAUGAAUGGUAACAAUAAUAUUGAACAUAAAAAUGAAGACAAUGAAUAUCUGGCAAAAAAAGACAAUUUGUUGACUAAAUUUGAGUUUCACGUCAAACAAUUGAGACAUAUAUUGACUGAUUUGUGUGAAACCGCUGAUUAUAUUAGUAAUGUCUAUAAAGAGGACGUUCACAAUAUGCAUAUGAAUUACAAUAACAUUGAGUAUAAUAACAGUGAAAUCAAACACUACUACACAAGCAAUUCAUCAAUUGAUCAAAACCUUUAAUCUUCAAUUAAAUCCAAAGUAUUCAUCAUAUUUUUGAAAACAUCUUUUUAUUUUUCCAUUUUAUCUGUUAUUUUUAAUUAUUUUUAAUUACAUAAUUUUUCAAAAGACAUCAAUUGUUUUAAAAGUAUGAAAGUAAUAGAAUUUUUUUAAAAACAAAAAUAAAGUAAUUUGUUUUAUAAAUAAAUAAAUU